AUGUCCUACUUCAAGGCGUACUUGGGUGCUGCGAAUGAACUUCCAUCUACACUGGAGAAGAUUCCACAUACUCUACCAGCAAUUAGCACGACAACCCUUGAUAUAAAAUUUAAAAACUUCUUUGCCUUGUGGCUGUACUACUUUAAUUACAAAUACCCAAACUUGCAGUUUCUAAGACUAGAUAUCUCAAUUGGAUAUCAUAACUGGUGGCCAGCAGUCCUGACACAAGACGUAACAUAUACAUAUCCCUUGAAUCCAAAUAGACUCCAGCAUUUGGAAACACUUGAGCUGAUUACUGAAGAAAUAUCAAUGAGAACUCAUCUUGUUUUCUGGCAAUACAUAUAUCCAUUAAAAGCGCCUAUCAAAAAUUUAAAGUACAUUGCGACAUCAAGCCACAGUACAGCUCAGCACUAUGCAGCAAAUGUCAAAAGCUUCUUGCAGUCCUUUUCAGAAACACUCAAAACAUUUUCGGUUGAAGGAAAGCUAUUUUUUUAUAUUAAACAAUGCCCAGAACUUGAACUAUCGUUGUAA